AUGAAAGGUGUUCUUAUCAUUCACAUAAUAUUGCCUGUGUUUCUCUUCUGGGGUUUUGCUUUUGGUAAGGAGUGUACAAACAAAAUACUUCCUGGAUUUGAUUCACAGGCUCUAAGAGAUAGCCUGGUAACAAAUGAAACCUGGAAACAGGAGAUGUUAUCUCAGUACCAGUUGAAUCCAACGAAUGCCUCGGUUGGAGCAAAUGAUGGUAGCUGGGAAUCGAUGUACAAGAAGAUGAAAAAUCCUGUUGAGUUUAAGUUGCCUGCAGGAUUUCUCCAGGAAGUGUCCUUGCAUGAUGUGAGGUUGGGUCCGAAUUCAUUGCAUUGGAGGGCACAAGAAACGAAUUUGGAGUAUUUGUUGAUGCUGGAGGUUGAUAGAUUGGUUUGGAGCUUCAGGAAAACUGCUGAUUUGCCAACUCCAGGGAUUCCAUAUGGAGGCUGGGAGAAUAGUACCAAUGAUCUCAGAGGUCAUUUUGUAGGACAUUACUUGAGUGCUUCAGCACUAAUGUGGGCAAGCACUCACAAUGAAACUCUCAAAGAAAAAAUGUCGGCGCUGAUGUCUGCUCUAUCCGACUGUCAGAAAAAAAUUGGUUCCGGUUAUCUUUCUGCUUUCCCAUCUGACCAAUUUGAUCGCCUUGAAAAUUUAGAAUUUAAAGUCUGGGCUCCAUACUACACCAUGCACAAGAUUAUGACCGGCUUGUUGGAUCAAUAUACAUAUGCUCAUAAUACUCCAGCCUUAAACAUGACAAUAUGGAUGGCGGAGUAUUUUACUAACCGUGUUCAGAAUGCUAUAAGAAAAUAUAGUUUGGAAAGGCAUUAUCAAACGCUUAAUGAAGAAAGUGGUGGCAUGAACGAUGUACUUUACAGGUUGUACAACAUAACGAGGGACAAAAAGCAUUUCAUAUUGGCUCGACCCUUUGACAAACCAUGCUUUUUAGGACCGCUUGCAAUGCAGGAUGAUUUCCUAUCUGGUUUCCAUGCCAAUACACAUAUUGCUCUUGUUGUUGGAACGCAAAGGCGAUAUGAAAUCACUGGUGAUGCUGUUUCCAAGACAAUAGGGACUUUCUUCUUGGACAUUGUUAAUUCUUCUCACAGUUAUGCAACAGGAGGAACAUCAGCCAUGGAAUUUUGGCAAGAUCCAAUGCGGCUAGCAACCACUCUAAGUCCAGAGAACGAAGAGUCAUGUACAACUUAUAACAUGCUCACGGUGUCUCGCUAUCUGCUUAAAUGGACAAAAUCAGUGGCAUAUGCAGAUUAUUAUGAGCGUGCACUGACAAAUGGUGUGUUUAGCAUCCAACGCGAAACGGAUCCUGGAAUUAUGAUUUGUACACUUCCCCUAGGCACUGGAACUUCCAAGGCCAAUAGUCAUUAUGGUUGGGGAACAAAAUUUGACACUUUCUGGUGCUGUUAUGGAACAGGAAUUGAAUCAUUCUCCAAAUUAGGAGAUUCAAUAUAUUAUGAAGAGGGAGCGAAUGUUCCUGCUCUCUACAUUGUGCAAUAUGUAUCAAGCGCGAUUAAUUGGAAAUCAGGACAGUUUGCGCUACAUCAUACUGUUGAUCCUAUUGUUUCUUGGGAUUCUUACCUUCGAUUGACGAUAAUGUUGAGUGAAUCUUUAACGGUGUCGUCUUGCGCCUGA